AUGUCGCAUCAGUCAUGUCGGAUGUACCAUGUCGCGUAUCUCGUGUCGCAUCAACCAUGUCGCAUCAACCAUGUCGCUGGUACCUACGACAUGUGUAUCCAUGCGACACAUAUGACAGGCGACAUUUUAAGGUUUAUCCGGUGUAAGACAUUUUUGAAAGAAAAAAGUUUGACACUCAGGCAAUGUCGGAACACACAUUUUAGCUACCACGCGACAUUGCGGAAAAGGAAAAGUAAAAGUAAAAGCGGAGAUAUCAGAAAGUCGCACCACUGUCGCCCUUUUUCCGUGUCGCAAAAUUCUACAACUAAUUGUAUGUGUAGAAACUACUGCCAAACACAGCAAAGAUAUUUGUAUAGGCAUAUCGAGACUGAAUAA